ACUGAGGACAAAAUCAUCUGUCAGAAAUACGCCGCUUCUUCUAGCUGGAGUUUCGGUAUUAUGGAAUUAAUCGAGGGAAGGCUGGUGGAAAUUCACGUUUGCUGACCCAUUCAAUAUAGAUUCUGUUUUCGCUGCCUUUUUCAUUCUGGAAAGAUACAGUCAAGCGUGAGGAAUCAUGUCGGACAAGAUGUCCAGUUUCCUGCAUCAUGGGGAUGUUUGUUCCCUUUAUGCGGAGGGCUCCACUAGUGGAUUUAUCAGCACUUUAGGGCUUGUGGAUGACCGCUGUGUGGUACAACCAGACACAGGGGACCUUAACAACCCGCCCAAGAAGUUCAGAGACUGCCUGUUCAAGCUGUGCCCCAUGAACAGGUACUCUGCACAGAAACAGUUCUGGAAGGCAGCGAAGCCCGGAGGGAACAGCACCACUGACACGGUUCUCCUCAACAAGCUCCACCAUGCUGCUGACUUGGAGAAGAAGCAAAAUGAAUCCGAGAAUCGAAAGCUGCUAGGAACUGUUAUCCAGUAUGGAAAUGUCAUUCAGCUGCUGCACCUGAAGAGUAACAAGUACCUGACGGUGAACAAGCGUCUGCCGGCCCUGCUGGAGAAGAACGCCAUGAGGGUGACUCUGGACUCAGCCGGCAACGAGGGCUCCUGGUUCUACAUCCACCCCUUCUACAAGCUGCGCUCCCUGGGAGACAGUGUGGUGAUAGGGGACAAAGUGGUCCUUAACCCUGUGAAUGCUGGACAGCCCCUGCAUGCCAGCAGCCACCAGCUGGUUGACAACCCAGGAUGCAAUGAGGUGAACUCUGUAAACUGCAACACCAGCUGGAAGGUUGUUCUGUUCAUGAAAUGGAGUGACAACAAGGAGACCAUCCUGAAAGGGGGCGACGUGGUGAGGCUGUUCCACGCUGAGCAGGAGAAGUUCCUCACGUGUGACGACCACAGGAAGAAGCAGUAUGUCUUCCUCAGGACCACCGGGCGCCAGUCGGCCACCUCCGCCACCAGCAGCAAAGCACUGUGGGAAAUUGAGGUGGUGCACCAUGACCCUUGUCGAGGAGGCGCUGGUUACUGGAACAGCCUGUUCAGGUUCAAACACCUGGCCACAGGAUCGUACCUGGCUGCUGAGGUGAAUCCAGACUAUGAAGAGGAGAGCAGAGAGCAGCGGUCCUCAGUGGUGGACUUUGUUCCCUUUAACUUCCAGCUGGACUCAGAACACGAGGCGCUGCGAGGGCGUCUGCGGACCCCACAGGAGAGGGUCAUGUACACACUGGUCUCUGUCCCCGACGGCAUGGACAUCUCCUCCAUCUUUGAGCUAGACCCUACCACCCUGCGAGGGGGGGACGCCCUAGUGCCCAGGAGCUCCUUUGUGAGGCUCAGACACCUGUGCACCAACACAUGGGUCCACAGCACCAACAACCCCAUCGACAAGGAGGAGGAGAAGCCGGUCAUGUUACGGAUUGGCACAUCAGCAGUUAAGGAAGAUAAAGAGGCCUUUGCCAUUGUGCCAGUCCCCCCGGCUGAAGUCCGAGAUUUAGACUUUGCCAACGAUGCUAGUAAAGUGUUGGCAUCUAUAGCUGGCAAGCUGGAGAAGGGCACUAUCACCCAGAACGAGAGGAGGUUUGUGACCAAGCUGCUGGAGGACCUGGUGUUCUUCGUGGUGGACAUCCCCAACAGCGGCCAGGAUGUUCUGGAGAUCAUGGUGAACAAGCCCAACAGGGAGAGACAGAAACUGAUGAGGGAGCAGAACAUCCUGAAACAGAUCUUCAAACUGCUGCAGGCUCCCUUCACAGACAGUGGGGACGGUCCUAUGCUGCGUCUGGAGGAGCUGGGCGACCAGCGCCACGCCCCCUUCAGGCACAUCUGCAGGCUGUGCUACCGGGUGCUACGGCACUCCCAGCAGGACUACAGGAAGAACCAGGAGUACAUAGCCAAGCAGUUCCGUUUCAUGCAGAAGCAGAUAGGCUACGACGUGCUGGCUGAGGACACCAUCACAGCCCUGCUCCACAACAACCGCAAGCUGCUGGAGAAACACAUCACCGCUGCCGAGAUCGACACCUUCGUCAGCCUGGUCAGGAAGAACCGAGAGCCCAGGUUUCUGGACUACCUGUCAGACCUGUGUGUGUCCAUGAACAAGUCCAUACCUGUGACUCAGGAACUCAUCUGUAAUGCAGUUCUGGACCCCAGCAACGCCGACAUCCUCAUUGAGACCAAGCUUGUCUUAUCAAGGUUUGAGAUUGAGGCAGUGACUGGGGGGGAGGCCCCGGUGGAGGCCGAGGAGGACGAGGAGGAGGUGUGGCUCUUCUGGAAGGACAACCUCAAGGAGAUCCGCAGCAAGAGCGUCAGGGAGCUGGCCCAGGACGCCAAGGAGGGCCAGAAGGAGGACCAGGAGGUGGUCAGCUACUACAGGUACCAGUUGAACCUGUUUGCCAGGAUGUGUCUGGACCGCCAGUACCUGGCCAUCAACAAGAUCUCUGGCCAGCUGGACGUGGACCUGAUCCUGCGCUGCAUGUCUGACGAGGACCUGCCCUUUGACCUGCGUGCGUCCUUCUGCCGCAUGAUGCUGCACAUGCACGUGGAUCGCGACCCACAAGAGCAGGUUACGCCCGUCAAGUACGCCCGCCUCUGGUCCGAGAUCCCCUCCAAGAUAGCCAUAGAUGAUUAUGACAAUGAUGGAACCACUAGAAAUGAAAUCAAGGAGCGAUUCUUCCUCACCAUGGAUUUUGUGGAGAACUACCUCAGAGAAGUUGUAUCUCAGAACAUCCCCUUCUCAGAUAAAGAGAAAAACAAGCUCACCUUUGAGGUAGUGAACUUGGCGAGGAACCUCAUAUACUUUGGCUUCUACAACUUUAGCGACCUCUUGAGACUGACAAAGAUCUUACUGAAUAUUCUGGACUGUGUUCAUGUCAGCACCAUCUACCCCAUCAAUAAGAUGGAGAAGGGCGAGGAAAACAAAGGCAGUAAUGUGAUGAAGUCUAUCCAUGGGGUGGGGGAGCUGAUGACCCAGGUGGUCUUAAGGGGAGGGGGCUUCCUGCCUGUCACACCCAAUCACCAGCCAGAGGGAGAUGUGGUCAAGGCCCAGACCGAGCCAGAGAAGGAGGACAUUCUGGUCAUGGACACGAAGCUCAAGAUCAUUGAGAUCCUUCAGUUCAUCCUGAAUGUGCGGCUGGACUACAGGAUCUCCUGUCUGCUCUGCAUCUUCAAAAGGGAGUUUGACGAGAGCAACCCUCAAACUGAAACCCCGACUGGUAGUCAGGAUGGACCCAACAAUGUCACAGGAACUCUAGACUUUGAGAACAUUGAGGAACAGGCAGAAGGAAUAUUUGGAGGAAGUGAGGAGAACACACCCCUGGACCUGGAUGACCACGGAGGUCGCACCUUCCUGAGGGUCCUGCUCCAUCUGACCAUGCAUGACUACCCUCCUCUGGUGUCUGGAGCCCUGCACCUUCUCUUCAGACACUUCAGCCAGAGGCAGGAGGUCCUCAUGGCCUUCAAACAGGUCCAGCUGUUGGUGACCAGCCAGGAUGUGGACAACUACAAGCAGAUCAAGUCGGACUUGGAUCAGCUGCGCUCCAUCGUGGAGAAGUCAGAGCUGUGGGUUUACAAGAGACAGGGAGAAGAUGGGAUGGAUGGAGGGGACGGAGGGGACGGAAAUCAAGAGUCCGACAACAAGAAGAAGGGAGACUCAGACAAGAAGAAGACAGAAAGCACCAGCAGUUACAACUACAGAGUCGUCAAAGAGAUCCUCCUGCGCCUCAGUAAGCUGUGUGUCCAGGAGGGAGCCUCAGGCAAGAAGAGUAAGAAGCAGCAGCAGAGACUGCUCCGGAACAUGGGGGCCCACAGUGUGGUCCUGGAGCUGCUGCAGAUCCCCUAUGAGAAGGGUGAGGAUGUCCGUAUGCAGGAGAUCAUGAAGCUGGCUCAUGAGUUCCUGCAGAACUUCUGUGCGGGGAACCAGCAGAACCAGGCCCUCCUCCACAAACACAUCAACCUCUUCCUCAACCCAGGGAUCCUGGAGGCGGUCACCAUGCAGCACAUCUUCAUGAACAACUUCCAGCUGUGCAGCGAGAUCAACGAGCGAGUGGUGCAGCACUUUGUCCACUGCAUCGAGACGCACGGACGCCACGUCCAGUACCUCAAGUUCCUCCAGACCAUCGUCAAGGCCGAGAACAAGUUCAUCAAGAAGUGUCAGGACAUCGUCAUGGCAGAGAUGGUGAAUUCAGGCGAGGACGUCCUGGUCUUCUACAACGACCGCGCCUCCUUCCAGACCCUGAUCCAGAUGAUGAGGUCAGAGCGCGACCGCAUGGACGAGAACAGCCACCUGAUGUACCACAUCCACCUGGUGGAGCUGCUGGCGGUCUGCACCGAGGGCAAGAACGUCUACACCGAGAUCAAGUGCAACUCUCUGCUGCCCCUGGACGACAUCGUACGAGUGGUCACUCACGAGGACUGUAUACCUGAGGUGAAGAUCGCCUACAUCAACUUCCUGAACCACUGCUAUGUGGACACAGAGGUGGAGAUGAAGGAGAUCUACACCAGCAACCACAUGUGGAAGCUGUUUGAGAACUUCCUGGUUGACAUAUGCAGGAUAUGCAACAACACCAGCGACAGGAAGCAUGCAGACUCUGUCUUGGAGGGUUACGUUACAGAGACGGUCAUGAGCAUCGUGACCACCUUCUUCAGCUCGCCCUUCUCUGACCAGAGCACCAGUCUGCAGGCAGCCCGACACAUGUAUGCAAUCAUUCUUGGAAAGGUAACCGAGACUCGCCAGCCUGUGUUUGUCCAGCUACUGCAGGGCGUGUUCAGGGUUUACCACUGCAGCUGGCUCUCUCCCACACAGAAGGCCUCUGUGGAGGCCUGUAUCAAGGUGCUGUCUGACGUGGCCAAGAGCAGGGCCAUAGCCAUCCCUGUGGACCUGGACAGCCAGGUCAACAACCUGUUUGUCAAGUCCAACAACGUGGUGCAGAAGACCAUCACAAGCUGGAGGCUCUCUGCCAAGAACACGUCCAGACGAGACUCCGGCAUGACCAGCUCAAAGGACUACAGGAACAUCAUCGAGAGGCUCCAGGACAUCGUGUCGGCCCUGGAGGACCGCCUGCGGCCCCUGGUCCAGGCUGAGCUGUCUGUCCUGGUGGACGUGCUGCACCGGCCGGAGCUGCUCUUCCCGGAGAACACAGACGCCCGCAGGAAGUGCGAGAGCGGAGGCUUCAUCUCCAAACUGAUCAAGCACACCAAGCAGCUGCUGGAGGAGAACGAGGAGCGCCUGUGCAUCAAGGUCCUGCAGACCCUCAGAGAGAUGAUGACCAAAGACCGUGGCUAUGGGGAGAAGCUGAUUGCCUUUGAUGAUGAAAUGGAUGUGGCUGAGCUGGCCCCUCCACCUGAGCCGGAAGUCCCUGCCGAGGAGCUUGAUCCCAACCACCCCCAGAAGCAGCUGGAGGAUCAGACCAGGGGAGAAGCCCUUCGCCAGAUCCUAGUAAACCGAUACUACGGGAACAUUAAACCUGGAGGGAGGAGAGAUAGCGUUCCCACUUUCAGCAAUGGUCCCCUCAACACCGGAGGACAGGGCAAGGCUGCAACAGUGGUCAGCCUGGCAGCUGCCGGCCGUGCUGAGUUGAGCCUGGCGGAGGUCCAGUGCCAUCUGGACAGGGAGGGGGCGUCCGACCUGGUCAUUGACCUCAUCAUGAACGCCACCAGCGAUCGCAUCUUCCAGGAGAGCAUCCUAUUGGCCAUCGCCCUGCUGGAGGGCGGGAACACGGUCAUACAGCGGUCGUUCUUCUGCCGUCUGACGGGAGACAACAAGUCGGAGAAGUUCUUCAAGGUGUUCUACGAGAGGAUGAAGCUGGCCCAGCAGGAGAUCAAGGCCACGGUGACGGUCAACACCAGCGACCUGGGCAGCAAGAAGAAAGAGGAGGAGCCUCCUGAUAAAGACGCCCCCUCCCGCAAGAAAGCUAAAGAGAUCCCAGCGGUGGCUGCAGCCGUGGUGACCGAGGAGGUCAAAGAGCAGCUGGUGGAAGCGUCCACGGUAACCAAGAGGGCCUUCAACACCUACCGUCGCGAGGCGGAGUCCGAGGAGCACCUGGGGGCGGCCGAGGGCCCCGCCGCCAUCGCGGCAGACAAGGGCCAGGAGGAGGGCGAGAUGAGCGUCAUCAUCACCAUCAUGCAGCCCAUCCUGCGCCUCAUGCAGCUGCUCUGUGAGAACCACAACCGGGAGCUCCAGAACUUCCUGCGCUGUCAGAACAACAAGAACAGCUACAACCUGGUGUGUGAGACGCUGCAGUUCCUGGACUGCAUCUGUGGCAGCACCACCGGGGGCCUGGGGCUGCUGGGGCUCUACAUCAACGAGAAGAACGUGGGCCUCAUCAACCAGACUGUGGAGAGCCUGACGGAGUACUGCCAGGGGCCCUGCCACGAGAACCAGAACUGUAUUGCCACUCACGAAUGCAACGGUAUCGACAUCAUCAUUGCUCUAAUUCUCAAUGACAUCAACCCUUUGGGGAAGAAGAGGAUGGACCUAGUCCUGGAGCUCAAGAACAAUGCCUCCAAACUGCUGCUGGCCAUCAUGGAGAGUCGCCAUGACAGUGAGAACGCUGAGAGGAUCCUGUACAACAUGAGGCCCAAAGAGCUGGUGGAGGUGAUCAAGAAGGCCUACAUGCAGGGAGAAGUGGAGGUCCUGGAGCCUGACGAUGAGGAAGGGGGAGAGGAAGAGCACUCAGCCUCUCCGCGCAACGUCGGCCACAAUAUCUACAUCCUGGCCCAUCAGUUGGCCCGCCAUAACAAGGAGCUGCAGGCCAUGCUGAGGCCUGGAGGGAUCUACGGAGAGGGAGAGGAGGCCCUCCAGUUCUAUGCGAAGCACACGGCCCAGAUCGAGAUUGUGCGGCUGGAUCGCACCAUGGAGCAGAUAGUCUUCCCCGUGCCAAACAUCUGCGAGUUCCUCACCAACGAGUCCAAGCUGCGCGUGUACUACACCACGGAGCGCGACGAGCAGGGCAGCAAGAUCAAUGACUUCUUCCUGCGCUCCGAGGACCUCUUCAACGAGAUGAACUGGCAGAAGAAGCUGCGAGGUACUCAAGAGGCUACUGGCAACGCAAACACGGUUCCCUCUCAGCCCGUCCUGUACUGGUGCUCCAGGAACAUGUCCUUCUGGAGCAGCAUCUCCUUCAACCUGGCCGUGCUCAUGAACCUGCUGGUGGCCUUCUUCUACCCCCUGGAGGGCAUCCAUGGAGGCACCCUGGAGCCCCACCUCUCUGCCCUGCUGUGGGGGGCCAUGCUGGUGUCCCUGGUCAUAGUCCUCAUUCUGCCCCAGCCUCACGGCAUCAGGGCCCUGAUCGCCUCCACCAUCCUGCGCCUCAUCUUCUCUGUGGGUCUGGAGCCCACUCUCUUCCUGUUAGGAGCUUUCAAUGUGUGUAAUAAGAUCAUCUUCCUCAUGAGUUUCGUGGGGAACCGAGGGACGUUCACGCGGGGCUACAAGGCUAUGAUCAUGGACGUGGAGUUCCUCUACCACCUGCUCUACCUCAUCAUCUGCAGCCUCGGGGUCUUUGUCCAUGUCUUCUUCUACAGCCUGCUGCUCUUUGACCUGAUAUACAGAGAGGAGACGCUGCUGAAUGUCAUCAAGAGUGUGACCCGUAAUGGCCGCUCGAUCGUGCUGACUGCCGUGCUGGCCCUGAUCCUGGUCUACCUCUUCUCUAUUGUCGGGUACAUCUUCUUUAAAGAUGACUUCAUCCUGGCUGUGGACAGGAUACCAAACAAAACUCUAGAGACUGCAGCCAGCAUGGUGGGGGAGUUCUUCUCUGCUGGCGUUUGUAGGAAGGAGAGUGGAGAGAACUGCUCUGCAGAGCCUAUGGUGGAAGCCACCAUAGCCACCCAGCCGUCGGCAGUAGUGAUAGAGGAUAAGGAGCGGGCGUGUGACUCUCUGCUCAUGUGCAUCGUCACCGUGCUGAGUCACGGGCUGCGGAGUGGAGGGGGUGUCGGGGAUGUCCUGAGGAAGCCAUCCAAAGAGGAGCCGCUGUUUGCAGCUAGGGUCAUCUACGACCUGCUGUUCUUCUUCAUGGUCAUCAUCAUUGUUCUCAACCUCAUCUUCGGAGUCAUCAUCGACACCUUUGCUGACCUGAGGAGUGAGAAGCAGAAGAAGGAGGAGGUGCUGAAGACGACCUGCUUCAUCUGCGGCUUGGAACGGGACAAGUUUGACAACAAGACUGUAACGUUUGAGGAGCAUAUCAAGGUUGAACACAACAUGUGGCACUACCUGUUCUUCAUCGUGUUGGUGAAGGUGAAGGACUCCACCGAGUACACAGGACCUGAGAGCUACGUAGCUGAGAUGAUACGGGAGCACAAUCUGGACUGGUUCCCACGGAUGCGAGCUAUGUCCCUGGUGAGCAGCGAUGCAGAUGGGGAGCAGAACGAGAUCAGGAGCCUGCAGGAGAAACUGGAGUGCACCAUGAAGCUGGUGUCCAACCUCUCCGGUCAGCUGACAGAGCUUAAGGAGCAGAUGACUGAGCAGAGGAAGCAGAAACAGCGUAUUGGACUCCUGGCUCACCCUCAGCACAUGAACGUCAACCCCCAGCAACCUGCAUAAGACUCGACCUCAUGCAAGCCUCCCAAAGGUCCUGAAAGCCACCUUAGCACCAACCUUGUUUGCAUAGGUAACAGAUUGCAGAGUAUUCACUUAGAGGUCCCGCAUAUUGUAGCCACUGAGUGCGAGUGUGAAAUGUUGAAGUAGCGAAUACUCUGAAAUAGCUAGUCAUUCUGUAUAAUUGUGAUACUUUGUAGGAUUGCCCAAAAGGUAUAACUUAAAAUGAAAACACAACCCACCCCAUUUUUUCCUCUCCAGUUGGGAUUGGUGCCAAAUGUUUUUUAUGUUGAAAUGAAAGUGAAUUCUUGUCACAUGGCCUUUUCUGGGUGAACUUGAAACAGUGGCACUGUUCUGGACAUGAAGAUCUCACAGAAGGCACUAACAGACAUGAAGCAUCUUUUUUGUACUACUGGUAUAGCAAGCAGUAUUUCAUGUCUUAUUUUUGUAUCUUGUGCAAUAUCAAUACUUAAAUAUGCAACAUCAUUGAUGUGUGGAUUUAAGUUAUAAACGUACUGUAGGAUAAUGUCUUACUUCAAAUUAGUCAAAAUAAGACCUUUUUUUUCUUUUUUGCUUCAAGUUAAAUAGUGAUGCACCAGUUGGUCAUUUUAAUAUAAGGCAAUGUAGGAUAGGACUUGGACAGAUUAACUUACAUGUCUCAGCCUUAUAUGACUUUUAUUUGUAUGGAAAUGCUGUGUUCAGUUUUUAAACAAGCUUAAUAGAGAAGUAUAUUGUUUGAGAGAAAGUCUGAUCUUGUCUUUUCCCGCAGUACAAAUAUACUUGUGUCAUAUCUUGAUGUAAACUUGUUUUAAUAUUUGCUCUCUUAAAUAGUUGGUACAGUAUCUAAAAUACCUUUUAGUACAUUUGCAUUUCAUGCAAAAACAUGUUUACUGUAAUGGUUAUGUUAUCAUUAUUCAGGAUUAAUUUUAACAAAUUGCUUUGGAAUCAUUAUAUUUAUAUAUAAUCAGUCAUAUAUUUAAUGUAUAUUUUUACAGUAUGUGUACUGUAUUUUGUAUAUAUAUAUAUACAAAUAUAUAUAUAUCCAUUUACCUGAUUUCUUGACACUAUAAUGUGCCUGUAAGCAUUUUUGUCCUAUAAGACUAAGACCAUUUUUCUGUUUUCCAGUUCAGCACUUGUGUUGUUUCUCAUUUUCUUUGUUCAAAAAUUACAUUUUUACCAUGUCCCUUCCCUUUUGUAAUGUGUAAAUAAGGCAUGUGGCUUCUAUACUUGUGUCUGUAUAGGAGCCGGCAUUUUCAUAAAGACUGUAGGAAUUAAACUUUUUUUCUGAAACAAAAUGUUAAAAUUAAUGAUUUCAAGAUUUAAGCACUGUCAGAAUUGUAAAUUCAUGUAGAAUUAUUAAAAUAUAUGU